AUGAAGAGAACUCCAGAAGUGCAAGGAAAAGAUGGAGUGUAUACUAUAUACCCUGACGGCAGGACAGAGAAGCGAGUAUUCUGCGAGAAGACGACAGAAGGAGGAGGCUGGACGGUCAUUCAACGACGAAAAUAUGGCAUCACUGAUUUUUAUCGAUCGUGGGCGGAAUACAAGAGAGGAUUCGGAAGAGCAGAGACAGAUUACUGGUUAGGAAAUGAAGCAAUUCACUCACUGACGUCACUAGCAGCAGAGGAACUUCGGAUAGACCUUGAAGACUUUUCAGGUUCUAAAGCAUAUGCCAGAUAUUCUAAGUUUGUAAUUGCCAGUGAGAAGGACAAGUACAAGCUGACAGUCAGUGGAUACAGUGGCAAUACAGGAGACGGUAUGAAAUUUCACAAUGGUCAUGUCUUUGCUACGAAGGACAAAGAUGACAAAGGAAACAGUGCUAAAACUUAUCGGGGAGGAUGGUGGUAUCACAACGGUUACUAUUCAAAUCUAAACGGACCAUAUCGAACAUCUGCAAUGAAAACUUUUGUGGCCAUAGUAUGGAGAACCUUUAGAGAUAAAACUGCUCUUAAAUCAACAAGGAUGAUGAUUCGUCCAACACAAUGAAAUGUCAAAGUAUCUGAUUAAAAGACUCGGAAAACAGAAAUAAAUAUGAAAAUGAUAGUGAAAUUCAGCUCAUUUUAUUUGUUGCAGUUUAUUUGAUGAAAAAUGAAAAUGGUUAACAAUAC